AUGGUAGAGAAAGGGAACUCUUCUGAGUUCAUUGUAGAGUUAGUUAUAGGUCUUGGAAAGGAGUUUGCCAUGAAAGACCUUAGACCUUUGCAUUUCUUUCUAGGUAUAGAAGUUAGAUACUUCAAUGGAGGUAUUCAUCUGAAUCAAGGCAAGUAUGCUGCAGAAUUUCUAAAAAAGACUGGCAUGGCUCUUGCUAAGGCAGUCAGUGCACUAUUGGCACAAAAGCAUGGACUACAACAGGCUACAGGAGCAACUGGGGAAGAUGUGCCACAACAAGGAGGUCAACUACAUGGUAUACAAUUUAUCUGGGUGCAAAUUAUAUCUUGGGAAUCUAAGAAGCAGAAUACAGCGGUAAAGUCCAGUGCUGAGGCUGAAUAUAAGGCACUAGCCUCGACUGCAACUGGAGUUACUUAG